AUGUCGAACAACUUUUUUGAAUCACCUGCAGAAAAUUGGACGAUUGAAAAUAUUGCAGCCCACUACUGCUUUGAAGACAAUGCUCGUAUUUUCGAUUGUAUUAAAAAAGAUAUUAAGUCACGUUCUAACAUGAAAGACGAUGCUGCACUGUUGGCAAAUCAGCUUUUAACAUCAAAAUGGAAGUUGAUUAUUGCUUUUUUUGACUACGAGAAAUUCGUCGAAGGUGUGAAAACUUGUUUAACUGUUGACACAAUUAGGGCGAGCUUAAGGAUUUCUCCUCAAAAUCAAUGGCAAAAAUUCACACGGGAAAUUCUUAAUAGCAUUGACUCUGUGUCAUCCUUUAGACUAAUCCGAGAAAAUGCGCAAAAGACCAACUUGAUUCCGAAGGCAUCAAAAAAUCCAACAACAUCUGCAACUGGUAAUGACGAAUCGCGAGAUAAUAUACAUGAUAUAAACGAAAGUAUGAAGAGUGAUGUAGAAAUAGAUUUAGAAAAUGUGAUCGUUGAUGCUGAUUUCUUAAAUGUACCAUCAGACAGCAUUAAAAAUGUUAUGGACGAGGACAUUUUUGUCCAUAGAUAUUGUCAUUUGAUGUUUGAGAAAGAAAAUGAAAUUACAUUUGGAGAAGUAAAACCUUCAAGCGCUUCCAAUAAUAUAGUAAAUCAAGCAUUAAUCAAACUUGCAGAAUUCAUGAAGGGAUCGUUGGAUUCUCUUCGCAAGCAAUUUAGAUAUUCUCCAACUUCUGAAACAUUCGGGAUUAUUAUUGGUG